AUGAGUACUAGUGCGGACACUGAUACCAUCAAGAAGCCAAUCCUUGCGGUGCCAGAGCCUGCACUGGCCGAUACGCAUUCAGAGGAGAUAUCACGCUCUGGAGAAGAACAUGAAUCAGAGAACAACGAGCACUCAGAUGAAGAAGGCGAUAAUUAUUCUGAAAGAGAGCAAUCUGUGUCAACCGAACCACUGGAUACAUUGCCGUUAAGAAAAAAGUUGAAAAAUCUUUCAUAUAUUACAUUUUUCGCCAUAGGAAUAGGUCUUUUAUGGCCGUGGAACUGUAUCCUCAGUGCCUCGCAAUAUUUUAAGCACGAUAUUUUCAAAGACACCUCCAUUUGGGCAAAGAUCUUCACAAGCUCUAUGAUGUCCUUUUCUACCAUAUCGUCAAUGCUGUUCAACAUCUACUUGGCCAAAAGACAGUACAAAUACUCGAGAAGGGUCAUAAACGGGCUUGUGUGGGAGAUUAUUGUCUUUACUGUCAUGUGCUUCUUUACAAUUUUGCAUUUCCUUUUACCUAAAUGGUUCAAUUUCAUGUUUAUAAUGAUGCUUGUAGUGAUCAGUUCCAUGGGGACAGCCAUGACACAGAAUGGUAUCAUGGCCAUAGCCAACGUCUUCGGUUCCGAGUACAGUCAAGGUGUCAUGGUGGGGCAAGCCGUUGCUGGUGUCCUGCCCUCCCUAGUGCUUUUUGCCCUAGCUUUCAUCGAGAACUCUUCUGUGUCUACUACGGGCGGGAUUCUUCUAUACUUUUUUACCACAACACUCGUGGUCACCAUUUGUGUGGUCAUGUUCAGCGUGAGCAAAAUCAGUCGGAAAGUGAACGAGAAUUGGAAUGUGGAAGACGGACAUAUCACUGAUGUGUUGUUAGGGUCUCUGCGCUCCAAUGAGGAGGAAAUCCGUAUUGUUGGCCGCAUUGACCAAAUGGAGGAUGAAGACCACCGCCGCACCAACGGCACUCGCGACGACAACGACGAAGGUGAGGAACUCCAACUAAAAGUGCCUUUCGAGGUCUUAUUUGCCAAACUAAAGUACCUGGUUCUUUCCAUAUUCACCACGUUUGUCGUAACUCUUGUUUUUCCUGUAUUUGCGUCUGCCACCUACGUGACAGGGCUUCCUUUAAGCAACGCACAGUACAUACCUCUCAUAUUCACGCUGUGGAACCUAGGCGACCUUUACGGAAGAGUCAUUGCCGACUGGCCCAUGUUCCGUGACCAGAAAUUUACGCCACGCAAAACCUUCAUCUACUCAUUGUUGCGGGUGGCCGCAAUACCACUGUUCUUGAUGUUCACAGCCAUCACCUCCUCUUCAAGCGGCGAUGAAGAGCACAAUGGCUCCGUAAUCGUUGACUUGUGUUACAUGCUACUGCAGUUCCUUUUCGGCGUAACCAACGGGCACGUCAUCUCUAUGAGUUUCAUGAAGGUGCCAGAGCAACUGGACAACGACGACGAGAAGGAAGCGGCCGGUGGAUUCACUAAUAUUUUCGUUUCUACAGGACUAGCUCUGGGCAGCAUCAUAAGCUACGUAUUCGUCUUCAUAAUUGACUUUAUUAUCAGGUAG